GGGUGUGCUGUUGGGUUGACGGUCCGUUCCCUCCAUUGCCUUGCUUGCCCGCUGCUCCGUUGGACCUGUUGCCGCCUCUGCUGCCGGGCUUGUCUCCUUCUUCCGGGUCUUGAGCAUUUCAAGCUCUCGUUGGCUUUUCGGGACGCCUCCACCUGCAUCAUGGAACUUCGUGUGGGCACCAAGUACCGCAUCGGCCGCAAGAUUGGCUGUGGCUCCUUUGGUGACAUCUAUAUCGGCUCAGACAUCACUUCGGGCGAGGAAGUUGCCAUCAAGCUCGAGAAUGUUCGCACCCCGCACCCUCAGCUUCAAUAUGAAGCCAAGCUCUACAAAAUUCUCCAGGGCGGCGAGGGCAUUCCAAAGGUCAAGUGGUUUGGGGUCGAGGGUGACUACAAUGUCAUGGUCAUGGAGCUGCUUGGCCCCAGCCUCGAAGACCUCUUCAACUUUUGCAACCGCAAAUUCUCCGUCAAGACCGUGCUCCUUCUCGCAGAUCAAAUGAUUUCUCGAAUCGAAUUUGUCCACAACAAGAACUUUUUGCACCGCGACAUCAAGCCCGACAACUUUAUGAUGGGCCUUGCUCGUCGCGGCAACCUCGUCUACCUGAUUGACUUUGGCUUGGCCAAGCGCUACCGUGAUGCCCGCACCCACAACCACAUUCCUUACCGUGAAAACAAGAACCUCACCGGCACCGCCCGCUAUGCGAGCAUCAACACUCAUCUUGGCAUCGAGCAAAGUCGCCGCGAUGACUUGGAGUCUCUGGGCUACGUUCUGAUGUACUUCAACCGUGGCUCACUGCCGUGGCAAGGCCUCAAGGCCGCCACCAAGAAGCAGAAAUACGAGCGCAUCUCUGAAAAGAAGAUCAGCACCCCCAUUGAUGUGCUCUGCAAGGGCUUCCCCAGCGAAUUCGGCUCAUACCUCAACUUUUGCCGCUCCCUUCGCUUUGAUGACAAGCCCAACUACUCGUACCUCCGUCAGCUUUUCCGCAAUCUCUUCCAUCGGGAGGGCUUUGUCUAUGAUUACGUCUUUGAUUGGACCGUCAUGAUUAAGGAGCAGCAGGUGCAAAGCAAGGAGCGCGACUCCACCAAGGGUGCCGCCAAGACCUCGACCGGCGCCAAGCCUUAGGUCAAACCUUUGCAAGCUCGGCUUUUUUUCUUUUGCUUGCUACUUCCCCGUCUGCGCACACAUGUUUGUGUGUGGGCUUAUGCGCCUCAAUGUUUACCUCUGUGUUUUGUCUGGCUUGUGGCCGUUGUGGCGACUAUACUAGUGGUGGUGGUGGUGGUGGUGGCUGUUGUCUCUUGCCCGUCUCUUGUCCGUCAAAUGUUUUCCUUUUGCUCUUCAUGUCUUGUGCAAGUUUUGGUGUGACCGGCGUGUCCAGCGAUUGACGAGCUCCAAAAACCUUUCCGAGUUGCUGCGCAACUCAAGAUAGGUUCACCAUCAGGGUGCUCCUUUACCGUUGACCGGUGUUUCCCCACCCCACCCCACCCUCCCUUGCCGUCCUGCAUUGUUCCUUGACUUUCUGGUUCUGACAAUUGAUGUCAAGCAAUGACCCAGUUGUAUGACCUCCGAAGGAAAGGUUCUGAUUAUCAAUCAGUUCUGGCCACAGAAACAAAACCGAAAGAAGGUCUAAAAUUCAAGAACACAC